AUGGCGCAUUCAGUCAAAAUUUAUGAUACAUGCAUUGGUUGUACCCAGUGUGUACGAGCGUGUCCCACAGAUGUAUUAGAAAUGAUACCUUGGGAAGGAUGCAAAGCUAAGCAAAUUGCUUCUGCUCCAAGAACAGAAGACUGCGUAGGUUGUAAGAGGUGUGAAUCGGCUUGUCCAACGGAUUUCUUAAGCGUACGUGUUUAUUUAUGGCAUGAAACAACGCGCAGUAUGGGUCUAGCUUACUGA